AUUUAUUGGUAACUUGUCACUACUUAUUUUGAAAUCGUAGACCGAGAAUCUCGGUUUAAGAAAGCUUCUGAAAAAUAGAUUCUAAGAUAAAAUGGCUCCUAGGGAUGAAGAGACAUGGGAAAGAGGUCAAGCAAAAUUUGCUUACAUUCUGCAUGUGGGAAAAAGUAUCUAUACAUGAAAAUUUGCAGUGAUAUGAUUUAAAUUCAUGCAUUAUAAUGGAGGCUUGCAGCAAUGCAAAUGAGACAUAUGAAAUGAGUGAUCCAUGUGUGGAGACAUUUAGUAGUGAUACAAAUAUCAAAAUUCUAACUUCUAGGAAGGACAAACCUUUCAAAUGUGAUGUAUGUGCUAAGGCAUUUUCUCAGAAACAGCAAUUGAAACGCCAUUGUAGUAUACACACAAAUGAGAAACCUUUUAUUUGUGAUAUAUGUGGCAAGGCAUUUCGUCUGAAAUUUAUUUUAACUAACCAUUAUCUUAUUCAUAAUGACGAAAAGCCAUUUGUUUGUGACUGUGGCAAAGCAUUUUUUCAGAAAAGUGCUUUAAACCGGCAUUAUCUUGCUCAUAAAAACGAAAAUGCCUUUGUAUGUAAUAUGUGUGGUAAGACAUUUUCCGAUAAAGGUGUUUUCAGUUUGCAUUAUCGUACUCAUACAAAUGAAAAACCAUUUGUUUGUGAUUUGUGUGAUAAAGCAUAUGUUUGCAAAUAUGAUUUGAAGAUUCACUAUCGUUCUCAUACAAAUGAAAAACCUUUUGUUUGUGACAUUUGUGGCAAGGCAUUUGCUCGUAAAAAUCGUUUAAACGAGCAUGGUCGUACUCAUACUGAUGAAAGACCCUAUGCUUGUAAUAAAUGCGAUAAAAGGUUUUCUCGUACAAGUCAUUUAAAUGCACACUACCGUCGUCAUUGAAUGGAUAAACCUUUUUAUUUGUAAUAUGUAUGAUAGAAUAAUUGCUAAAAAAAUAUAAAUUCAAUAAACAUUGUCAUGUUCAGGAAAAUGAAAAAAAAAAAAAAAGCAUUAUUUUGAUACUUGUUUUAAAGAAUUCUUUUAGGUAUAAUUAUAUAGUAUUGUGCUUUUGAUGGUGAAAUAUUUUAUUCUUACAUAUGUAGAAGAAAGGCAUUUACGUAAAAUAUAAUUUCUGGAGAUUCCUAGUCAUCUCGAUUCGAUCUCAAACGGUUUUUGUAUCCAAUGGCGUAGCAUUUAAUGAAUGAUAAUGAUCUGAGACCAAACGAUAUUUUUUUAGUGAGUAAAAGUAAUUCAGGCAUUUAAAAUUAAUCCAUUUCUAAUCUGCACAAAUUUAAUUAUGGUUACUGUUCCAUUCCGUAGAUAAGAUGUGGUUAUUAAACCUGAUCUAAUGAUAAUAGAAUUGUGAAAAUCUGUGUUUUCAUAAUAGCAUUUAAGAAAUCAUACAGGCUUGAUUUCUAGUAUAUUAAUAUUAUUAUACCAGAUACUUAUAAUGCAUAUGAUUCGUGAUUAUUCUGUGUGAAUAAAUAUUGUGAUGAGUAAAAUGUUUUUUAAGGCAUAUUUUUUUGUGUUUUAAUUUUUUUUUUCAAUU